CUACUCUAAAGAGCACAAUAUAUUAUUUCAUAAAGUUAAAUUUAAGUUUAUGGUUAUAUUAUUUGAAAGUCAUCAACAGCUGGUUUUAGAAUAAGAGGCAAGGUAGAGGAUAUGGAGAUGAGACGAUGGAUAUUUCUCCUGAUCGUAAUAUUCUGUUUUGCCAUCGUGUCUGCGAAACGAAAUAGCGGUGAUCAUAAAUCAGACAGAGAGCGCCACGUCAGAGCUCAUCUAGAAGAGAAAAACAAUCGAUCAUCGAAAAUUAAAGAAGCCGAUGACCGAAGAGAAAAUCGAGUCAAUAGGGACGGAACACCGUUAUUGAAAAACCCGUGUGCCAAAGUAAGAUGCAAAAAAGGUAAAGAGUGUUCAUUGGACAAAAACAACUCUCCAAAAUGUGUUUGUAUUCAAGAAUGUUCGACUAUGGUUACGAUUGACGACAAGGUCUGUGGAACCGACAACAAAACAUAUGAAAGUGAAUGUGUUUUACGUCGUUUGAAAUGCCUUGGAAGUAAUGAUAGAAAUAUUAAGAAGACUUUAAGAAAGUUAAAAGUCAAUUAUCUGGGAGAAUGUAAAAUGCUCACGUCAUGCAAAAAAUCUGAAAUGAAGGAAUAUCCCACACGAAUGAGAUCUUGGUUGAAAAACGUAUUUUUAGAAAUGUACGACACUCCGGAAGAAGAAGGUGGACUAAGUGCGAAGCAGAGAUAUCAUGGUCGUAAAGUUUUCUACGAAAAAGACCGAUUACAGGAUUUUGAAGAAACUGAACCUCAUGACAUCGUUGAAAGGGAAUUCAAAAAGUUUUAUCCGUUGUAUAAAUAUCCAAUUCACUGGAAGUUUGCGGAAUUAGACAAGAAACCAAAAGACAUGAAAUUAUCCAAAAGAGAAUUGGAGCCAUUACGUGCACCUUUGAUUCCAAUGGAGCACUGCACAAAAUCUUUCUUCAAACGAGCUGACAAAAAUAAAGACAAGAAAAUAUCAUUGCAAGAAUGGGGGCAUGCACUUGGAUUAGAAGAAGGUGACAUCGAUUCGAAGUUGAUAGUUUAAAGAAGAGACUAAGAGCAUGUAGAAAUCGUUCAACACAACAUUUCAUGCAACGACCUUCAUCAGCAUAUCAUUUGUUUUACCUUUGCUACCAAUCGAUAGAAAGGAAUUAUUCUUCACUUAACUAUCACCGCUUUGCAUUAUGUUUAGAUAUAAGGUUGUUCAACUGGUUUAAUUUUCUGCCAUUUGGAAGAAGAAAAUACAUUGUAAUAUAUUUUCUAUGAAUGAACUUUUUUAAAACCAGUUUGCAAGUUAAAUAUAACUUCACUGUUUAUAUCUAAUAGGCAACAAUGCUAUAUUUGUGUAUUUUUGUUUGUUUUGGAUAUAUAUUGUUUAUUUUGUUCAGUGUUGUGUAAUUAUGAUCUAUUUUAUAUAUAUUCAGAAGUCUCACACGUUUAAGUCUAAUGCUAAUGUGUUACUAAACCUGAAGUAAGGUUAUUUUUUACAUCCUAUUGAUUGGUGUUGUCUGUAGAUAAAUAGUUUUUUAUUCCGAAUAUUUUUACGAAGAUUUCUCAUUCAGAUUAUUCAAAUCUUAAUCAACUUCGAAAGAACUAAUAAGCAAAAAACAGAUAUAUUCUCAAGAAAACAUAAUUCACUGUUUCAUCAUUUGUAAAAAUUGGUCAUACUAUUUUCAUGAUAUCAUAUUGAAAAUACUUGAGACUAUUGUGAUAUCGAUAUUUUGUAUACUCAUGCUUAGCAUGGUUCAAAGUUGAAAAAACAAAUAGAUAGUAAUUCUGAAAAUCGCUCUUCCUGGUUUCAUCGAGUUUAGGACUUGCUCAAUUGUUUGCAUAUAUUCAUUUUAAAUACAUGUUUACUACGACAUAACUCUAUUUAUCCUAAUAAAAUUUGUUAAUGUUGUC